GUUACAUAUUUUUUUAGAUCUACGGUUACGAAACGAUAAGGGCCGAUUUGUCUUAUGAUUAUCUUCCUUUUUAAACUUGCUUGCUCCUAAAGUUUAGAUUUCUAUUUAAGUCCUCAAUAAAAUAAUGAAACUGUUGGCCAUUCUUCCCGCUUUGAAUCUAUAAUCGAUUUCUUUAUUCUCUAUACGAUGGGGGAUAUAUUGGCCGGCGACGGCGAGGUACCGAAGCUUCCGAUUCCCGGCAAACGAAACAUACUAAUUACCAGUGCUCUUCCUUACGUCAACAACGUUCCUCACCUUGGCAAUAUCAUCGGCUGUGUGUUGAGUGCCGAUGUGUUUGCUCGGUAUUGUCGACUGAGGGGGUAUAACGCUAUAUACAUUUGCGGAACUGAUGAAUAUGGAACAGCAACUGAGACCAAAGCUUUACAAGAAAAUUGCACCCCCAAAGAAAUAUGCGAUAGAUAUCAUACGAUUCACAGGGAUGUCUAUAAUUGGUUUAACAUAAGUUUUGAUGAAUUUGGACGAACUUCAACCCCACAACAAACCGAAGUUUGUCAAACAAUCUUUAAAAAGUUAAUGGAGAACAAAUUCCUUUCUGAGAACACAAUGCAGCAGCUUUACUGCGAUACAUGUCAGAAAUUUUUAGCUGACCGACUUGUUGAAGGUACCUGCCCGAACAAAACAUGCAAUUAUGACUCUGCCCGAGGAGAUCAAUGUGAAAGUUGCAGUAAACUGUUGAAUCCAACAGAACUCAUUAAUCCAAGAUGCAAGGUCUGUGUAUCCAGUCCUUGUAUCCGUGACACAAAUCACUUGUUUCUUGAGCUUCCAUUGUUGGAGGGUAAACUUGAAGAGUACAUAAAAAAAAUGUCAGUGUCUGGAUCAUGGAGUCAGAAUGCUAUUCAAGCAACAAAUGCAUGGCUUAAAACAGGAUUAAAGCAACGAUGUAUUACUAGAGAUUUGAAGUGGGGGGUUCCUGUUCCUCAUGAGAGAUUCAAUGACAAAGUUUUCUAUGUUUGGUUUGAUGCACCAAUUGGGUAUGUCUCAAUCACUUCAUGUUACACACCUGAGUGGGAGAAGUGGUGGAAGAAUCCUGAAAAUGUGGAGUUGUAUCAGUUUAUGGGAAAAGAUAAUGUACCCUUUCAUACUGUAAUGUUCCCUUGUACACUUCUUGGAACUUCUGAGAACUGGACUUUGAUGAAGACUAUCAGUGUUACAGAGUAUCUAAACUAUGAAGGAGGUAAGUUUUCAAAGAGCAAGGGUGUAGGAGUCUUUGGUAAUGAUGCACAGGAUACAAAUAUUCCAGUAGAAGUGUGGCGAUACUAUCUGCUAACUAAUAGACCUGAGGUAUCAGACACAUUAUUCACAUGGACAGAUCUUCAAGCAAAACUCAACACCGAGUUGCUAAAUAACUUAGGCAAUUUCAUUAACCGUGUCUUGAGCUUCAUUGCUAAAGAUCCAGAUUCAAGAGCUGGAAGAGGUUCAGGAUACAAUUCCAUAAUUCCUGAUGCUCCAGGUGCUGAGAAACAUCUGUUAUCAAAGACACUAGGAGACAAAAUUGGUACUUAUGUUGAACAAUAUGUUGAGGCCAUGGAGAAGGUUAAGCUAAAGCAAGGAUUGAAAAUUGCAAUGAGUAUAUCUGGUGAGGGCAACGUGUAUCUACAAGAAAGUAAAUUCUGGAGGCUUUACAGAGAAGAUCUACCUUCAUGUUCCAUAGUCAUGAAAACUUCAGUGGGAGUAGUUUAUCUUCUUGCUUGCCUGUUAGAGCCUUUUAUGCCAUCAUUUUCCACCCAGGUACUGAAGCAGCUUUCUUUCCCCCACCAAGUUUCUCUCUGUGAUGAGAAAGGAGAUGUAGAGAAGGCCAAAAGACCAUGGGAGAUGAUACCUUCUGGCCAUAGAAUUGGGACUCCUGUGCCAUUAUUUAAAGAACUGAGAGAUGAAGAGGUGGAGUUGUUGAGGGAAAGGUUUGCUGGAAGUCAAGCUGAUCGAGCAGAUAGGGAAAAAUAGUUCUUAUUAUUAAUUAAAAGAAAAUUAUAUUGCCAAAAACUGGACUGGGAUUUAGGAGGGGUGUUACUUUUAAAAAAGACUGAUUUUACUUUUAAAAAGACUGAUUUUUCAGAUUCAGUUUGGUUUUUCUUUAUAUAAAAAACGGAAAAAUAAUAGCAUGCGUAAUUUAAGUGAUUAAGUAUAUUAACUAAUAUGUUUUUAUGGUAUUUUCUUUGGCAAUUAAAAUGUAUUUACUUGGUAUAUACUAUAUAAUAAUAAUAUAGCCUACUUGUUGGUUGAGUUAAAGUAAACAAAAUUUUUAAACAGACUCAUACUCGGGUUUGUGGAGUAAUAAGGUAAAAUUAAAAAAAAAAUGAUGGGCAUUUAUAUAAAAAUGUUAGGCUUUGAAAAAUCAUAAAUGAUAUUUAUGAGUGAUAGUAGAAAUAUGUUACUAUACAAUGAAAAAUACCAUAGCUUUUCAAGUAGUGUAAAAUGGGGGGAAUUAUACCCAAAAAGCUAUAUAUGUGGACUGUGAUUGUGGUAUUUUAUUAGGGUAAAACACAAGAAGUAGCUAUGUACUUUUGUUGAAAAGUCUACCUAAUGAUAGCAACAUCAUCCAAAUACAAAGCACAAUUGUCAAAAGUAUAUAAUUAACGUCCUCAUACAAAAAAAAAAAAAAUUGAAAUUAAAAAUCUAUAAUUAGUUAAAUAGAGUUUUCAGAGUACAAUGCCUUAAUAAGAAAAUUGAAGGUUUAGUGAUGUAAUAUGAUUUUAUACAUAUAACUUAAUAACUGAAAGUAGAUUUUGCUAAUUCUUGCAUUUAGCCCAUCUUUUUCCGUAUUGGCUAAUUAGAGAGAGCUAUAUUUAUUUGAGAUUGUAGCUUACUCUUAUUAUAAUACUCUUGCAGAUAAUAAUAUUGGAAAGAAAGAAUUUACAACUCCCCCCCUGUGGUUUGUCAAAAGUUAUGCUUUUCGUCCAGUUGUUGCUGCAUGUUUGUCAUGGACCGUUUCCCCUUGUCUUCUUUUCCAUGGCUGCCGCUCUCAAGGGCAAAAUGGUCAUUAACCGUUUUCAUAGUAGAAUUCACAUUUUUAUAAAUAUACACAAUAGACAGUCAAUUAUUACAUACUUAAUGCUAUACAGAAGGGUAAAAUGGUCAUUUACUCCAUUUAAAGAAAAUCAUCAUUUGCAAACGAAUGAAUCAUUUAUUGUG